CUGAGGCCGUCAAUAAAUUAAACUGACCCUGUCACGCACAGACACUGACACACAUCGCUGAUCUCGUGAGAGUCUGAGCUCUGCCCCGACUCUUUCCUCUCGCGGGUCACUGUCAAGCUACAGUCCAGACAUCCCUGACCUCUACAGCGGCGAGGAGGUCACGUCUCAGUCCAGAUGUUCCUCGGCCCACCGCUGGAUCCUCCUCGCCGGGUCGAUGCAGCGCAGCGAGCGCCUGAUACCCAGGGACAGGAAAGUCAGAGUCAAAGUGGUAGUCGUGGAAACAUCCACCCACCGAUCGAUGAAGUUCUGUGUGUGUGUGUGUGUGUGUGUGUGUGUGUGUGUGUGACCCCCUGUCCCACAUUCAGACGACACAGACCACGGACCCCCCUGCCGCCCCCACCCUCCCUCCUCCUGGUCGUCCACAGCCGAGCAGACAGAAGCAGAGUCCCAGACGCAGUGACUGAGGACGGGAGAGGAGACGACCACGACGACCCGAGAGAAGAUGGAGAAACAAGGCGUCCGACUCCGGCUGCUUCUGCUCCUCGGCCUGCGGCUCGGAGCAGCUGCUGCAGGCCUGCUGAAAGCUGACGGAGCCCAGGACGGAGGCGGCGGCGACACCAUCAGCCACUCCCUGACCCUGGUGCAGCGGCUGGAGGCCCUGCUGCUGCAGGGCAACGGCAGCGACGUGACGCUGCGCGUGGAGACGCCGAGCGCCGACGAGGUGAAGAUGAUCCAGGCCCACGCCCUGGUGCUCUCGCUGCAGAGCCCCGCGUUCGAGGAGAUGCUGCUGGGCCGCAACGGCAGCACGCUGGUGCUGAGGGAGAGCGCCGACUGCGCCGCCGUGUUCGACAAGUUCAUCAGGUAUCUGUACUGCGGCGAGCUCUCGCUGCGUCUGGACCAGGCCACGCCGCUGCACAAGCUGGCCUCCAAGUACCAGGUGCUGAGUCUCCAGCAGGGCGUCACCCAGUACAUGACCCGGAACCUGGCCCGGGACGCCCCGUCGGGCCACGCGGCGGGCUGGUACGAGUACGCCCUGCAGGCCGGGGACGUGACGCUGCGGGACAGCUGCCUCCAGUAUCUGGCCUGGAACCUGUCGUCGGUGCUGCAGAGCGGAGAGUGGGCGACCGUCAGCAGCCAGCUGCUCAUGUCGCUGCUGCAGCGCUCGGACCUCGUCCUGCAGAGCGAGAUGGAGCUCUUCGCCGCGCUGGAGGCCUGGAUCCUCCGGAACGAGCCGGACGGCUUGACGGCGGAGAACGCCUUGAGAGCCGUGCGCUACGCCAUGAUGCCUCCCAGGGAGCUGUUCCGCCUGCAGACGCAGUCCUCGGUCCUGGCUCGCUAUCAGGAGUCGGUGCGCGACCUGCUCUACAUGUCCUACCAGUUCCACUCGGCCUCGCCGCUGCACAUGGCCAAAUACUUUGACGUGAACUGCAGCCUCUUCGUGCCCAGGAACUACCUGUCCCCGGCGUGGGGGUCGCCCUGGAUCAUCAACAACCCCACGCGGGACGACCGCAGCACCAGCUUCCAGACGCAGCUGGGGCCCAGCGGCCACGACACCAGCAAGCGGGUGACGUGGAACGCCUUGUUCUCGCCGCGCUGGCUGCCCCUGACCCUGAGGCCCAUGUACACGGAGACGGGCGCCAUGCAGCCCACGCGCGUGGAGGGAGGGCGCCCGCGCAUCAUCAUCACCCCGGCCACGUCCAGCGCUGACUUCGCCGGGGUGAACUUCCAGAAGACGGUGCUCGUGAUGGCUCGGCAGCAGGGGAGGCUGGUGGUGAGGAACGUCUACAACUUCCACCAGAGCACGGAGGAGAACGGCGACUUCUUAGCCGAGGCCGACCUGUACCGCCGGACGUCGGAGUACCUCGUCGACAGCUCCCUCUUCCUCCACAUUGUGGUGAAGCCGCUCUACCAAACCCUCAUAACCGCCAAGAACUGACCCUCCUCCGCCCUCCUCUUCCUCAGCGUGUGACCUCCUCGCCAUCCUUCCCUAUUGAGGCGACAUCUCAGUCCCAUCACGUCAUGGGGACGCGGACCCGAGUCCCCCCCACGUGUGAUGCUGGGGUCGUAGGCCUCGUGAUUCGACGGCUGCCUUCGCUCGGCAGCUAACGCGAGCGUGAAUUCACGAGUAUCUGAGAGGAGUCUGUGAGUGUCUCUGGAAGGAUAAGGCUGGUGUGUUGCGGAUUCAUCCGCCGCUGAAAAUGGUGCCGGACAAAUUACACAAUUCCCUUCCGAUUGAGUAACGAUUUCCAAAAGCUGCAGUUGAAGGUGAAACGAGAUUUCUACGAGUUUUAGAAACAGAUCAUUUACGUUUGGUUUUUUUUUCAUGGGAUUUGUUUACAAAAAGAAAAAUGAAGAUCGUCACCAGCCUUAUCCUUUUACACUUGAGGUUCUGUUCCUGUCACUUUUCUAUGUAUUUAUUUGUAUUUGUAGUUUAUAUAUAUAUAUACAUAUUGGUGCUAUUAUUAUUAUUAUACCCCAUUUACACUGGAGGGGUCACAGUUGUGGAUCAGAGCCCAGUAAACACUGACUUACUGAUUAGCAGGUCAAACUACAUUUAACGUCUCACUGUCGUCACAUUGUUUCUGCAGCGUUUCAUUCACUGUACGUCAACACAUUGUUCGGACACUGCAAUAUGAAAUAUAAUCCUUAAAGCCCCAGUGUGUAAUUUUUGUAAUUUUCUGGCGGCAUCUGGUGGUAAAGUUGCAAACCGCAACCAACCGAGCGGCCGACAGGGGACACUUUAUGGCGGCGCA